CCUAGCCUCUCUCCCUCUCUCCUCGCCCGCUGGGUGCUGAAGUUGGGCGGAUGGCAGCAAACCCGCUCCGCUAGAGGACCGAGCAGCCCAGCCUCGCGCCCCCGGACUCAUCGGUGCGCUGCCCACACCUCCAGGCGACUGGCCAGUUGGGUGCGAAAGUAGCUGAAAUGCGAAAGAGACAGCAAUCACAAAAUGAAGGAACACCUGCUGUGUCUCAAGGGCCUGGAAACCAGAGACCCAACAACACGUGUUGCUUCUGCUGGUGUUGUUGCUGCAGCUGCUCCUGCCUCACUGUUAGGAAUGAAGAAAGAGGGGAAAAUGCAGGAAGACCCACACAUACCACAAAAAUGGAGAGUAUCCAAGUCCUAGAGGAAUGCCAAAACCCCACUUCAGAUGAAGUCUUGUCUUGGUCUCAAAAUUUUGACAAGAUGAUGAAGGCCCCAGCAGGAAGAAACCUUUUCAGAGAGUUUCUCCGAACAGAAUACAGUGAAGAGAACCUACUUUUCUGGCUUGCCUGUGAAGACUUAAAGAAAGAGCAGAACAAAAAAGUCAUUGAAGAAAAGGCCAGAAUGAUCUAUGAAGAUUACAUUUCUAUACUAUCACCAAAAGAGGUCAGUCUCGAUUCUCGAGUUAGAGAGGUGAUCAAUAGAAAUCUGUUGGAUCCUAAUCCUCACAUGUAUGAAGAUGCCCAACUUCAGAUAUAUACCUUAAUGCACAGAGAUUCUUUUCCAAGGUUUUUGAACUCUCAAAUUUAUAAGUCCUUUGUUGAAAGUACUGCCAACUCUGCUUCUGAAUCUUAAUUUUCAUUAAAAAAAUCAUUUUGGAGGGCUGGGAUGGGAAAUAAAGGUAAUUAAAUAACACCAGAAACUGAGUUCCUGGAGAACUACAGUUUAGCAUUCCUCAGGCUACUGUGAAAAUACAACCAUAUGGUCUUUGUCUCCAUUUUUAUCAAGGUUAUCCUGGUUAAGUUUGGAGAAAACACCACAGAAAAACAAUGAAUUGCCAAAUUAAGUUUGUUUUAUUCAACACUCAUUCUACUUGCAAGCAAACUGUAUUUGUAGUCCUAUGAACAGUCUCCUAGUGUAUCCCCAGAGACUGCAUGUGCAAAGUAAAACUGCUUCAUUUGCCACAUAGCUGUUGUAAUAUUUAAUCCAAUGGCAUAACUUAUAUCUGUAUUUAAGGACUUUUGUGCAAUAUGGUCUUAUAGAAAUAAUUGCCAAAAAAAUUGGCUGUGGUUUGCAUUUUUAAAUAUAAUCUGAGACAGAAAAAGCCAAUUUUUAAGUUGUAACAAUGGUAUUCAACAUGCUAUAUACUGUGUUCAGUACACUCAUUUUGAAGCCAAUAUUUCUGUACAUGGAAAAAGAGCUCUUUAUCUCUGUUUGUUGGGAAAUCCUAACGGGGGAUUCCUCUGAUUGUUCACUGCCAAAACUGUGGCAUUUUCUUUACAGAAUAGUUUGCUAUGUAAAAAAACAAAAUAAACAAAUAAUAAGAAGAAGAAAAGAGAAAAAAGCACAAAACAAUUUGAAGAUAUUCUAUCUCAAUGACAAAUCAAAGAGUGAUAACUGUUUUUAAUUGUAAUAGAAGAAAAUCUAUGUAUAUAUCAGAUGUCCAAUACUGUAAUUAAUUUAUUAAAGACUGGCUCUCCAGUU